AUGUUGCCUCAAAACAAGGACCAGGUUCUGCCACAGACCUCAGUGCUCCCCGGGUGCCCCCCUUGGGGCUUCUCACAACUUGUGGACUCCUCUCCUCACAACCUACAGCCUCUCUCAGCCCAUCAGUCCCUCCGUCCCUCUCACCCACCGUUCUUUUCCACUCAGUCCCAUCAUCCUUCCUCCCCUCCACCAGCAUCCCCCUCUCCUGGCUUCCAAUUUGGCUCUUGUGACCCAAAUUCUGACUUUGUGCCACAUCCCUGUUCUCCCUCUCUCCCAAGUUCCCCCACUUUCUUUCACCAGAACUACCUCUCUCUCCCCAAUCCACGUGCAUCGUCUCCCUCCAACCACUGGCUGUACCCCUCUCCUCCUCUGACCCCUUCCUUCUCUCCCUCCCAGCCCCAGAACUCCUCCCUUCCCCACUCACCUUGCCAGUCUCCUUCCCACCCCGAGGACCUGCAUAGCUCCACGCUCACUUCCCCAGGCCCAAGUCCACCUUCUCAAAGGCUCCACUCUAACAGGCAGACAUGGCGCUGGCAUCAGUACAGGGACACCGGGUCCGGGUCCCCUGGGGUAGUGGAGAGAUGCGUGCCAAGCAAGAAGGAUCCUGCACAGUUCAGGGACCCAGGGGCCCUGGCCCAGGCCCUGGUGGUCCAGCUGGGGCACCGCCGCAUCGCACACGACCUGCGGCUCCUGCUUUUGCAGCACCUGUGGCUAGGCAGAACCGGCCAGGCCCCAGUCAUAGAGUAUCCUAUAUGCCUGGUGUGCCUCCGGCCCCGCAGCCCCUCCUGCCCCCUCCCCAAGUACAGGACUGGACCCCGGCUGCUUGCCUUCCCCCAACUACUGCCCUGUGUGGAAGGCCAGGAAUCUGGGCCACUCCGGAUAGGCAUCGGCUUCGGCCUCCGCCUGCCCCAGGGCCAGGCCAGGGCCUUGCAUCUGCUGCCAGAAAAAAGGCCGAAGGAAGUAGGGCCUCAGGGCAAGGAUCCUCAGGCCUGUGGGCAUCCAUCGCCAACAUUUCAGCCUCCAGCAGCUCAGGCCCGGGCCGACCCAGCCCCAGGCACACCCUCCCAGACCAGGAGCUUCAGGUCUGCAGGCCUUCAAUCACCAAACUCUCCACGAUGUUUCUCCGGGCCUCCACCUCGGGCACCAAAACAGGCCACUACCUCCCCGAAGCCCAGGCCUUGCCCUGCCCCAAAGAGGCCAGUUUCUCUGGAGCUCAUUCUCCAAAAGUCAUCAGUUUAG